AUGCUCGUCACCACACUCUUUUUAACGGUUUGCCUGGCCACCUCCAGUCUCGCUGCGGCGGUUCAGAAACUCGCGAAAGCCCAAGUGUUUACGAAAUGCUUGGUGCCGAACACGGUUGCUUUGACUUUCGAUGAUGGUCCUUACAUCUACAUGAACGACGUCGUGGAUCAGCUAAGGGCAGUCAAAGCGAAAGGUACCUUUUUCUUGAACGGGAUGAACUGGGCAUGUAUCUACGAGGACGCAAACAUCCAACACGUGAAAUAUGCCUACGACAACGGAUUCCAAGUUGCUUCGCACACCUGGGCGCACAAGGACCUCACCACCCUUACCUUUGACCAGAUUCACGACGAGAUGUGGCGAGUCGAACAAGCCAUCCAGAGGAUCACAGGAGCUGUACCCGCUUUCAUGCGACCCCGUGCGUCCACUUCACCUACUUUGUCCUCCUUAUUUUCCGUCUUACCAUUCGCCGUGGUAGCCUAUGGAAAUUACAAUGACUUAGUGUUGACCGUAGCCGGUCAGCGUGGGCAGUCUGUCGCUACCUGGGACUUUGAUUCUCAGGACGGUUUAAGCGCUCCCGUUGACAAACAAAAGCAGCUAUACGAUCAAAUCGUCGCCCAGCACCCGAGCACGAUCUUAUCACUGCAGCACGAGGUCCAUGAUACAACCGUACACCAAACCCUUCCCUACGCAAUUAAAAAGCUCUUAGGCGCGGGUUAUAAACUCGUCACUCUGUCUGAGUGCCUUGGAAUGCCAGCCUACCAAUCGACUGGCCCACCUGCCGUCAAAGAUGCUAGCUGGAGGUGUUGA